UAUCAAUCACCACCGCCCGGCCAUGCCUCCGCCUUCACCAUCAUCAAAGCAGCGCAGGCAGCCAGAAGCAGCUCCUGACGAGUAUCAAGCCCCCUUCACUCUUCCCUCUCGCAAGGCAAAUGGCGGUGCAGCAGCAGCAUCAGGGGGGCAUGAGGGCGAGAUGGCCUCUUCGCCCUUCUUUGAUGACGCUGAACGAGCAGAAGCAAUGGCAUGGGCAAACAGCUCAGAGGCUGUAGAUGACCGAGAAGAGGAGAAUGCAGGAGGCGUAGCCAUCAAACGCAGGGAACGAAGGGACUCACAGGUGGCCAGCUACGGUGAUGUGGGCAGCGUAUUCGAUGGCCCUACCGCUGGAGCCGUGCCAUCCAGCGUGUCGAGCAUGCGUCACACCAUGACCCGACCUGAGCUCGGCAGAAAGGCAUCCAGCCGCGCACGACGACGCAUCUCUCGCGAUGGCCAUUCCCGAUCCUAUGGACGGGACGAUGAGGAAGCCAUCGACGAUGCAGCUAGCGGUGUCAGCGGUAGGGACCCCAGCAUCCGUAGCGCAGCCCAAUCCUCUCGCAUUGGUCGCAAGCGCAGAGUGCCCGAGGCAGCAGACGCAGACGCAGAGCCUCGCGGCAUGUUGGGCUCUUUGCUCGCAUCCAUCACGGGCGGCGGGGAUAGCCAUCGUGACGACGACACUCGCAGCCGUACCUCUCGUCGACCAGCCCUCGGCCGACGCAGAAGCUCCCAAUCCAGUAUCGAAUCACGAGGUCGCGCGGCAAGCUCUCGCGGCUCAGAGGCUGGCUACUCAGACGACGAAGGAUCCGGCUUUGACCUCGAGUACGGCACCGAUGACGAUGACGACGACGACUCGGGUGACAGCAUGCACAGCACCACCUCGGACGAAGACGGCAGCUCAGCACGCGGCGGUAUCCUUCCCUCUGCCUUUGGUCCUCUCAGCGGCGCAGUCGAUCCAGUCUUUGGAGACUCGCGCAUCUCGACGGGCCACGAGCCAGAGGACGAGCUCGACGAGGAGCUUCAGGCCUCCAGCGGCAUCCGUGAUCGCGACGUCGAGGCCAAUCAGCCCACCGACGUGCAAGAGGAGCUGCGCAAGGCUCGCGAAGAGAUGUCCUUCCUCGACAAAGGGUCGCGCACUCGACAGCAGAUCUACCUUCCCGACGAAGACACGCUCAUCCGUCUCAAGGGGUACCGCGUUGUGGCUGCGCAGCGCAUCAUCUGGACAGUCCUCUGCGUUGUUACGCUCGGCAUCCUCUACCUACUCGGGCGAUGGCUGCCCCGUCUCUGGCUCAAGUGGACGUCCAAGGAGGUCGAGUUCGAACGGGCAGAGUUCGUCGUCGUCGAGAAUCAGUAUGGCGAUCUGCACAUGAUCAAUCCGGAGACGGUACCCUUUGCCCGCCCGCUCGCCACCGCCUUUCCCCCUUCCUCCCGCGACCCUCCUUCCACGCUCGCUGAGCAUCAAGCUGCAGUGGCUACCCAGUCCAAGACGGCUGCAAACAUGUCCUCGCAAGGAGGCAGCAAGUCAGGGAGCGCCAUUGGAAGCGCCAAGUCCAGCAUCAAAAACGGCAAGAAUGGCGCCGUGCCAACGGGAAACGGGGGCAUCAUGCCAUCUGAAGAGCUGCAAGGUCUCAUGUCCGGCGUGGAGACCGAGCAAUUGAUGGACCUCACCCUCGUCACCUAUCGCUACACUCGUUUCUUCCUUCAUCCUCCCUCUGGUCGUUGGCGCAUGGUCAAGGACUGGCGUGAUCCGGCGUGGACUAGCAGCGCACUUGUCGCUCAGGGAAAUACGUGGGACGCAGAGAAGGAUAGGACGGCCCUGUUUGGCAAGAAUGAGAUUGAGAUUGAGGAUAAGGGUGUGGUGGGCCUGCUUGUUGACGAGGUCUUGCAUCCCUUCUACAUGUUCCAAAUCGUCUCCAUUGGCCUCUGGUCCAUCGACAACUACUACUACUACGCGGUCUGCAUUGCCAUCAUCUCUCUAGCCUCCAUCAUCACCACCCUCAUCGAGACGCGCCAUACCGUUGCCCGCAUGCGAGAAAUGAGUCGCUUCAACACGCCCGUCCGCGUCCUGCGCGAAGGCAGCUGGAAGACGCUCGACUCCUCUCAGCUUGUACCUGGAGACAUCUACGACGUGGCUGAGUCUGGUCUCCUGCUCUUUCCCGCCGACUCCGUCCUCCUCAGCGGCGACGCUAUCGUGAACGAGUCGAUGCUCACCGGCGAGUCGGUGCCAGUCUCCAAGAUUCCUAUCCCGGACAGCACAAUGCAGCUUCUCCAGCUCACCGGCCAGGACGUUCACCCGGACCUCGCAAAGCACUUCCUCUUUAGCGGCACACGCAUCAUUCGUAUCCGCGGCACCCCCUCGCCCGGCGAGAAGGAAGCAGGCGCCAAAGCCAUGGUGGUCCGCACCGGCUUCGACACGACCAAGGGAGCUCUCGUCCGCUCGAUGCUCUUCCCGAAGCCCAUGGGCUUCAAGUUCUACCGCGACUCGUUCCGCUUCAUUGGCUUCCUGGCUGGUAUUGCUGCAGUGGGCUUCACGGCUUCGUCCGUGAACUUCGUCAAGCUGGGCAUCGCAUGGCACACAAUCGUGCUGCGUGCCCUCGACCUGAUCACUGUCGUUGUGCCUCCCGCUCUUCCCGCUACGAUGUCCAUCGGCACCACUUUCGCUAUCAGCCGCCUCCGCAAGCAGGAGAUCUUCUGCAUCUCCCCCAACCGCGUCAACAUCGGUGGUAAGAUCAACGUCUUCUGCUUCGACAAGACGGGCACGCUCACGCAGGACGGACUCGAUGUGCUCGGCACGCGUACGGUGGAUUUGCGCUCCAGCCGCUUCUCCGAGCUGCACGAAACGGUCGAUGAGAUGCCGGUGAACGCCUAUGCUUCAAAGCAGGACGCCGAUGCAAAGAAGAUGCCCCUCCUCUACGCCCUCGCGACGUGCCAUAGCUUGAAAGUCGUUGACGGCGAAGUCAUUGGUGACCCUUUGGACGUCAAGAUGUUCGAGUACACGGGCUGGACCCUCGACGAAGGGCGCGACCAAGCGGCCAAGGCCACCACGAAGAGCGGUACGGCCAAGGACGGGAAGAGUCGACUCACGGAUCGCGCCCCCGCUCUGGUUCAGACGGUUGUCCGACCGCCAGGCGGAGAAGCCUUCGAGCCCGAGGAUGCAGUCAAGCCUGGCCGUCACGCCCACUUCCUCGAGCUCGGCGUGCUGCGCACCUUCGAGUUCGUCUCGCAGCUGCGCCGCAUGUCCGUCAUCGUGAAAAGACUCAAGUCUCCCUCCCUCGAGAUCUUCGUCAAGGGCGCGCCCGAAGUCAUGGGCGACAUCUGUGACCCCUCCUCCUUCCCGGCGGACUACGAUGACCUCCUGGCUUACUACACCAAGCACGGCUAUCGUGUCAUUGCCUGCGCGGGGAAGAGUAUGACCAACAUGACUUGGAUCAAGGCGCAGCGCAUGAAGCGCGAGCAAGCAGAGAGCGGGCUGCGCUUCUUGGGUCUGAUCAUCUUUGAGAACAAGAUCAAGGAGGGGACUGCACCUGCCAUCGAGACGCUCAAGGCUGCGAACAUUGAGUGCAACAUGGUCACCGGUGACAACCCGCGAACCGCAAUCAGCGUUGCGCGCGAGUGUGGGAUCAUUGCCAACUCGAGCCACGUCUUCCUCCCGUCCUUUGUACGCGGCAACCAAAAGACGCCCGACUCGCAGUUGGAGUGGACAAGCGUGGACGACGAACGUAUCAAGCUCGAUCCUGACCGUCUGCGCCCACUGGUCAAUGAUAGCCACAUGCUCGACAUGGACUCGAUGGACGGAAUCGCAGACUACCAGCUGGCGCUCACCGGUGACGUCUUCCGCUGGAUGAUCGACUACGCAAGCAUCGAUACGCUGCGCCGCAUGCUGAUCAAGGGCACAAUUUUCGCGCGCAUGUCGCCAGACGAGAAGGCCGAGCUCGUCGACCGUUUGAUGUCUUUGGGCUUCUGCGUGGGCUUCUGUGGUGACGGCGCAAAUGACUGCGGAGCGCUCAAGGCUGCGGAUAUUGGUAUCUCCCUCUCUGAGGCUGAGGCCAGUGUCGCGGCACCGUUCACUUCUCGCUCGCCCGACAUCUCAUGCUGCGUGGAGGUGCUCAAGGAGGGUCGUGCCGCGUUGGUGACCAGCUUCUCCUGCUUCAAGUUCAUGGCCCUCUAUUCGCUCAUUCAAUUUACGAGCAUCACGAUCCUCUACAGCUGGGCGUCCUCCCUCGGCGACUUCCAAUUCCUCCUCAUCGAUCUCGCCUUGAUCGUCCCCACGGCAAUCGCAAUGGCUCGCACGCUCCCCUACCCAGAGCUGGCGGUCAAGCGCCCCACGUCGAACCUGGUGUCGAAGAAGGUCCUCACCUCCAUGCUUGCCCAAGUCCUCAUCUGCUCAGGAGCGCAGGGCUUCGCCUACUGGUACACGACCAUCCAGCCAUGGUACACUGACCCCACGGUCGACCCUGACGAGCUCAAUGUGGUCAAUCCGAUCAACACGACACUCUUCCUCGUCUCCAUCUUCCAGUACAUUCUCGUGGCAGCAGUCUUCUCCGUCGGCCCGCCGUACCGCAAGCCCAUGUACACCAACGCAUGGCUCAUGCUCUGCCUCGUCGUGCUGGGUGCGGCUUGCACGUACUUCCUCUUCGCGCCGGUCAACAGCUUCGCUUUCGAUGUUCUUGGCCUCGUGGAGAUGCCGCAUAGCUUCCACUGGGCGCUCGCGGCUGUGGUGGCGACGAAUGUCGUCGUCAGCUUUGUGGUUGAGGCGUACUGCAUCAAGCCCAUCACGAAGGGCUUCAAGGGACUGCAGAGGGCGUACAGGAGGAAGAGGAGGACAAGGAGUGCGGCUGCGGCCGGCGGUAAUGGACACCACUACAAGGCAGUGCAGCAGCAGUUGAGGGAGGAGGGUGGCGCGUAAGUGUGGCGCACGAGCGUUAGAAGAACCAUAGGAUGAAGAUGCGAAGUGAUUAGACGGUCAGCUUCGCGGACGAUGCUUGUUCGCUCACAUUUCAAUCUACAGCUACUGCUCGAUCCUGGGCAAAGACAGUGCUCUUCGUUCUGCUACUUCACAGUAUGCAAGUCGUCAAUCUGUCGCAGGCUCCGCCUAUCCAAAUUUGAUUGGCAUUACGUAGCGUGUCGCGGCAGUCCUCUACGGCGUUGCUCUCUCUGUUCUCAUGGUGUAUUUCAUCGCAGAUUCUCCCAUGGCCCUCGCCUCUCUGCGCACUGGUUCAGAUACCCUAAGGCUUUGCGCAGCUUUGCGUGUGAAUAGACUUGCUCUCGAUGCUUC